GCAUCCUGUUUUUUUUUAGUAAACCACAGAUGACAGAAGUUGGUGCCAUUCUGGCAUGUUUGUGUUUGCCACGUUUUCUCCAUCCCCGUGACUAUACAGUGAGUUUAAUCUCUAUUCAUUUUUAUUGAUAGAAUACAUUGAUUUUUUUAUGAAUUUGGGAGCAUUACUAAUAUGUUUAAUUACGAUUUUCUUACAUAUUUAUACAAAUUACAAUAUUUGUUUACAAUGAGGGUCACUUGUGGAAAGGAUUGUACAACGCUGUCUUCACCCUUUUAUGAAAGGGCUCAAAGCCAAAUCAAAUUUCUAUAUAUCUUAUCUUAUUUCAAGGGGAAAAGACACGGUAGCAGCUGACUCUUGGUUUAACCAUUUCCCUUACAGUAAAAUAACGUAUUUUAAGCUAGAACUGUGUCACAUCUCAGUAUCUUUCUGUUGUCUCACACACGUUUUAGUGGGCAUUCGUGUUGUCACUGAAGCCCCGCCCACAGGGGAUGGUAAAGCGAUCCUAUUGGACGUACGUCAUGAUGUUGCACGCACGUUUUUGUUGUGGAGCGCGCCAAAGGGCCACUGUGGAAGUGCUAAAAACUCUGGGAGAAGUUCUCACAGCUUUGGGGUAAAGUUCCCAGUCUACGAGACACAUGGCUUCUACAAAUAAAGGGCCGUUACAGUCCAGAAACUUACCAUGGGUUGAAAAAUAUAGACCACAGAAACUAGAUGAUCUGAUCUCACACAAAGAUAUUCUAAGCACAAUCCAGAGGUUUAUCAGUGAGGAGAAGCUUCCCCAUCUCUUGUUCUACGGCCCCCCCGGAACCGGCAAAACCUCCACCAUCCUCGCCUGUGCCAAGCAGCUGUACAAGGAGAAGGAAUUCAACUCCAUGGUGUUGGAGCUGAACGCGUCAGACGACAGAGGCAUCGAUGUCGUACGAGGUCCCGUUCUGAGCUUCGCCAGCACCAGGACCAUCUUCAAGAGGGGCUUCAAGUUGGUGAUACUGGACGAGGCCGAUGCCAUGACCCAGGAUGCCCAGAAUGCAUUGCGGCGAGUCAUUGAGAAGUUCACUGAAAACACUCGCUUCUGUCUGAUCUGCAACUACCUGUCCAAGAUCAUCCCGGCUCUGCAGUCUCGAUGCACCAGAUUUCGCUUCGGCCCGCUGUCCCCGGACCAGAUGAUCCCUCGGCUGGAGCAUGUUGUGCAGCAGGAGAGCAUUGACAUAAAUCCCGGUGGAAUGAAGGCCAUUGUGACCUUAUCGUCGGGCGACAUGAGAAGAUCGCUCAACAUACUGCAGAGCACCAGUAUGGCGUACGGGAAGGUGACCGAGGACACGGUGUACACCUGCACAGGUCACCCCCUCCGCUCAGAUAUAGCCAACAUCCUCGACUGGUCCCUCAACAAAGACUUCACCACGGCGUACAAGCAAAUCCUUCAGCUGAAGACGUUGAAAGGUUUGGCCCUGAAUGAUAUCCUCACUGAGGUCCAUCUGCUUAUACACAGAGUGGACUUUCCUCCAGCGAUUCGGAUCGGUCUGCUCAUCAAGCUUGCUGACAUCGAGCACCGGCUCGCCUCGGGGACCGAUGAGAAGAUCCAGCUGAGCUCCAUGGUGGCCGCGUUCCAGGCCGUCAGAGACAUGGUGGUCAGCGAGGCCUCCUAGACGCACGCCGCCGCGAGGUCCCGUCUCUUCAGCUCUAACCGACAAUUUCCUCCGUGACGACCCGUUCUGUGUGUCUCAAACGCCACACUGUUACAAAUACAACUAAGAACAUGUACAUGUGUUAGAAUCUGUUUAAUAAAACUAUUUCAUUAUG